AAAAAUGUUCUAGUACUAUAGCUUUCUAAGCAUUUUUUUUGGCUAAAACUAUAGCUUUCUAAGGUUGAAGCUAAGAUAAAUAACUCCAGAAUAAUGUCGUUUCCUGGUCUUCCCCGCAUAGCCCUUCCCUCUCCUCCGGCGAUUGACUUUGCCUCCAUUGAAGGCAAGCGUCUCUUCACUGAAGCUCUUGGAAAUGGAACCAUGGAAGGUUUUUUCAAGCUUAUCUCAUAUUAUCAGUCCCAAACUGAGAUCAACUAUUGUGGAGUGGGCACCCUUGCUAUGGUUCUCAACACGCUUGCUAUUGAUCCACCCAAAAAAUGGAAAGGGCGUUGGAGUUGGUACGUGGACUCAAUGUUGGAUUGUGGUGAACCCUUUUCAAAUAUUAAAAGUGAAGGGAUCUCAUUUGGCAAUUUUGUAUAUUUGGCUCACUGCAAUGGGGCACAAAUUGAAGCUUUUAGGACAAGUGAAAGCACAGUUGAUGAUUUCCGAAAAUCUGUAAUUUUAUCUACCUGUAAACAGGAUUGUCAUGUAGUCUCGUUAUAUCAUAGAACCGGUUUCAAGCAGGAAGGAAAUGGACACUUCUCACCGAUUGGGGGGUAUCAUGCUGGAAGAGACAUGGUACUAAUUUUGGAUGUUGCUCGAUUUAAAUAUCCUCCCCAUUGGGUUCCUCUUACACUUCUGUGGGAUGCCAUGGACACUACUGAUGAACAAACAGGGCAACGUAGAGGGUACAUGAUUAUUUCAAAGCCUGGUCGAGCUCCAUCUAUUCUCUAUUCACUGAGCUCUAAACAUGUGGGUUGGAUUGGUGUUGCCAAAUACGUGGUGGACGAUUUGCCUCUUGUAUUGAAAUCAGAGGAUGUGAAAGACAUUCAGAGCCUUCUGGGUGUUGUUUUCACAUCCAGUUCAAGCCCAUCUAAUUUUGAGGAGUUCAUCAACUGGGUUGUUGUACAAAUUGGAAAACCAGAGGAUGCAUAUGGUGGUCAAAGUUGUUUAAGCUCAGAGGACAAAGCUAGGCUUGUUCUCAAGGAAAAGGUAUUGAAACAGGUACAGGACACUAGUCUUUUCAAGCAUGUGACAGAAUUUUUAUCGUCAGAAAAAUCAAAGUCAUGGAGGAGAAGCCCAACAACAUAUGGUUUUUGGGAGGCACGUAUUUUGGCAGAGAAGUCCGGGAACUCAGAGAGUAUAAAGAAGAAAUGGUGGUUAAGAGCUGAUGGUGAAAAGGCAAAUAAAGUUACAGUGGUAAAUGGUAAUUCUGAGAAUGGGUUUGAUCAGGUAUUACCAUCAAGAAAUUGUAUUUUUACAGCCCUUGUACUGGCCAUGUCUCCAAAGACAUGGUCAGGAAUCAGAGAGAAGAAGCUUUGCCAGGAAAUAUAUAACCUUGUUUCUAUAGAAACACUUCCUACUUUGCUUCAACAAGAGGUGUUGCAUUUACGCGGUGAGCUCCAACUUCUUAAGAGAUGCCACGAGAACAAAGUAGAGGACGCGGUCGUCGGUGCACCCAUGAUUUAGUUUCACUUAUAAUAGAUAUGUGGGAUGGGUUUAUUUUUCCAUAUAAAUUUUUGGUAUCAAAUAAAUCACAUAUCAAUAACUAAUUGGUAUGUGAUAUUGUAUUAUUUUGGUAUUAAAUUAGUUACAUAUCAAUAUCAAUAUGACAGUAUGUCAUAAAUAUGUGUAUUAUGUAUUGUACAUCAGGACAUGAUUGCAUCUACACUGCUAAUUAAUAUGUUUAUUUAUUUUUAA